CCCUUACUUCUGUUUAAAAGAGGCCGGCUGGGAAGUCGGCAGCCCUUCCCCUCUCGGAACCAUGGCCUGCUCUUGUUUAACGGGGACGUGCUUCUCUGCAUGUCGUGGGAUUGCGGCAUCCUCACGUGUAGGGAAGGGAAGGAGGGAGGGAAGCAAGCAAGCAAGCAGCGCGUGGGUGUUUUGACAGGGGCGAUGAAUCCUGGGUCUUGAAUUUCUUUUUGGACAGUUCUGUGGGUGGGGGAGUAGGAGCCAACUCCUAAGGGCUGAGGUCCCUUCGGUUCUCCCCCCACCCCCAAUAAAAUAUUUAAAGGGACCGCACUUCCCACCCCAAAGUUGAUAGGCAUUGCCAUUCGAAUUGCCACAUCUUGUGAUCGGUUGUGUGGUGCUUCCCUGUCCCCCCACCCAAUAUUUUAUUUAAGUUGGCACCCCCUGGGUGCGUGGGUGGGUGCUUGCCUGAACCCAUGAGAGUUGGCCUUGUUCCUGUGUACGGUCACUUAGGCAACUCAUCAGGCAUAAACUUGAACAAAAUGAACAAAAAUAAAUCCUGUUUUGAAAUGGGGGCGUGCGGGCAGGAGAUGUAUGUCUUACGGGGUAAAGCUGGAGAGCAGGUGGAAUGGAUGGUACAAGGAAUCUUCAUCAUCAUUUAUGCGCCACCCGAAUCAGAUGUCUGUCUUAUCCAACCUAAGAAACGAAUGGAGAUGGACUGCAAUCCCAUGGACCUAUCCAAUAACACAGGGGUUGAAGACAAUUCUGAAUUCAAGGAUUUUGAAGGAACAGACGUGAAGGACAUGAGAUUAGAAGCGGAAGCUGUUGUGAAUGAUGUGUUGUUUGCUGUGAGCAACAUGUUUGUCUCUAAAAGCCUCCCAUGCGCAGAAGAUGUGGCGUACAUCAACGUGGAAACUAGGGAAAGGAACAGAUAUUGCCUAGAGCUCACAGAAGCGGGACUUAGGGUGGUUGGCUAUGCUUUUGACCAGGUGGAUGACAGCGUACAAAAUCCCUAUCACGAAACUGUCUACUCUCUGUUGGACUCUGUUAGCCCAGCGUAUAGAGAAGCAUUUGGAAAUGCUUUGCUACAAAGACUAGAGGCUUUGAAAAGUGAUGGGCAGUCGUGAUUGAAUUUGCAAUCGAAGUGGGCUUCAACAAAAGUUGCUGCUGGAUCUAAAUAGUUUGUUCUGAGGCCUGAUGGCAGAGGGGGGAAAUUAUUCACCUGAACUCUUUGCUUUCAAAAAAAUCCCUUGUUCCAUGACUUGCAGUGACACCAACUUGUAAACUAUGUCCUUGAUACUGUUGUUCGGAGUUAGUUACCCAAUUUAUUUUUAAGGUAACAUAGUCACAUAUAUAGUUACUGUUCUUUGUUAAACUUUCCUUUAGAUAGUUACAAUGUAACACAGUAUAGUUUUGGUCUCUGAUAGUUAACUUUAAAAUUCUUCUAACAACUUUUGUAUUUGUUCAGUAGUGUGCUUCACAAAUAACUUGGAUUUAAGAAAACCAAAUAUUUGCCAUAGCUAAUUUAAUGAAAUGGGUUUUGUUUCAUUGAAAAGUUUUGUAUUUAGCUCAACUUCUUGUAUGUGGAUUUAGACAUUAUCUGGCUCAUUCAUUAGAGUGGUAAGACGAAACAUUAAAUAAAGCAUCUCUUAGGAUAUGAUCCACUAAAACGUUAGGCCAGUACUUUUCAGUAACCGAACAACAGUGUGCAGUAUUUGGUGUAGUCUUGAGGGUAGCAAGCAGCAAUGCUAAACAAUAGAUAUAUUGUUGGCAUAAUGAAUGUAUUCAUCAGCUGAAAUACAAAUGGGAUAAGCACAGUAAUGAAAAAAUAAAAAGCCACAUUCUGCAUAAAGCCCAAUCCUUCAUUGCUUUUGUUAAACUAUUAAUACUGUGUAAAGAGCACUAUUCGCAUUGCUUUGAAUGUUUACAUAAUGUACAGUAUAUCUAAAAGUAUUUUUUGAAUCUUUA